AGUGUUCAGAUUCAGAUCAGACUUCGUGAGAUCAGAUCAGCUGAACUGCUGACCAAUCAGAUAACUUUUAGUGAUUUUUGUCAAAGGACAGGGACGUCAGCAAAGAUUCUUUGACGUCAGGCACGUAGUAUGUUGUAUCACACAUUUUAAUGAUGUUUUACCUAAUUAUAUCAUGUUAGUACUUCUAAUUAGGAAAAAUAACCUUUAAAAGUUCCGAAUUUUCUAUACGACCAUCUGGUAAAUACAUUAUCAAAUUUUAAACUGAAUUGCAUAAAAAUGGCUGAUGAUUAUUCCGAUUUUAUUAUCCAAGAGCCAGAAACGACGCUUAGGAUUCGACUUCUCGAAAGAUUUCAAAGUCAACCGUUUCUCAUGGCUGGUUGGAUGGGAACAUUUGGUGCACUUAUAUAUGGUGCUUAUCGAUUCAAAACCAAAGGUGCUACAAUAAAGCCAAGUGUGUUUGCUGUUCAACUUCGAGUAUUCGCACAAGGAGCAAUCGUAGGCAGUCUCACUUUGGGAAUGCUCUAUGAGACGUAUCGCAAACAAGUUGCAAAGAGAAAUGAGAAAACAAAGAAUUGAUUCAUCGGAAUUAUGUGUACACGAUAUUGUAAUUUUAUUUAAGAUAAUCGAGAUAACCUAUUUCAUUUAUUAUAUUUUCAAUUGAAUAUUUUAGCUAGUUUGUUCUUCUAGAUAAGUGAAAGGUUGAGAUUGUAUUCUUUGUCAGGAAAAAUGAAGAUGGUAUGCAUGUUUGUUUCUAAUGUUUGUUAGAUAUCGCACAGAUACAAUUAUUAUGUACAGCUACUUAUUUAUUUAGAAUUCAAUUUUCAAUUGUAUUAUGAUAAAAAUGUACUUCUGUGAUCCUGAAGAAUAUGAAUAUAAUAGAAAAUAAUGUUAAAAAUAGACAAAUUUUAUC